UUCUGAGACUAGAUAUAAAUUUUAUAUCACAUAUUAUACACACAUAUUAAUGACAUAUUAUAAAACUGUAUAGAAAAUUCCAUGUUUGAUUUUUUAAAUUUUUAUUGUAUUGAGAAUUUAGUAACCAAGUACAAUAGAUACAGCAGUUGUAUACAUCAUUUAUCAAGUGUUAUAUAUGUUUGUCGUUAGUCUGAUGUAAAAAAAUUGCAACAAAAAUAAAUAUUAUAGUAUUGAAAAUGUGCGAGUUAUAAAAUAUAAUAAAAUGUUUAAAAACUGUUGUUGACAAAGAAAAUAUAAAAAUGAUUUAGUAUUCCUUUAUUAAAUUGAUAUUAUGACAGAGGCAAAGAGGUUAUGUUACUGUACAAUAUCACAAAAAUAAAAUAGCAGUCAAAAAUACGUGUACAAAUUGGAAUUUAUUCAGUGAAUAUGAUAAGAUUUAAAACAAUGUUCGAUAACCGUGAAAUUGGAAAACGAAUACGACGUUUAAUUGAUGGAAAUUACUCAUAUCGUAAGAUACUUAUAUUACUUACUAUAUGUGGUGGAAUACUCCUAUAUUUUGGCCCAUCUUUUGUGCAGUGGCUUUUUUCUUCUACUAGAGAAUCAACACAAGCAAUAGAAGACCAUUGUAUGAAUGAGCGACUAGGUGCCUUUUAUUUAGAUAUUGGAGAAUAUAAUGCAAAUAUUCUUCAUAAUCCACCAAAGGAAGGAGAACACCAUUAUUUGCCAUAUGUCGGCAAUGGAGUGUUUGGGAUUCCUAUUUUAUCAGAAGCUUUAAUAUAUAUAAAACGAGGAAGAGCAUUAUCAUUGCCUGUACAGUGGCAACCUUUAAUUUCACAUCAAAAAAGCAAUUUUUAUCGAGAAGCUACAGUUACCCAUUUUACAAAUGGAAUUGUUUAUCGUUACCAGUGUUUCAGAGAAGGAUAUUACAUAGAGUUUCAAUACUAUGCCCAUAGAAUAUUUGAUGCAAUAUUAGUACAAGAUAUAAAAAUAACUAAUCCAUUUUCACUUCCGCAAAAUGUACCAUUGAAGCCACAAAUGUCUACACACUGGAAUAAUUACCGCGCAGAAGUGAUCAAAAUUCAGAUAGACGAUUUUCUGGAUGAAUAUAAUUUAAUUUCUGGAUUUAUUCCAUUAUCUAAUUCGAAUAAAAUUGUGACAAUAUCAAUAGUUUAUAAAACGCCUCCAAAAAUAUUACAAAUUAAAGCAAGAAGUUCUAUGAAAUUAAAAUUCUUAACAAGUAUACAGUAUAGCGAACCUACAUCGAAAGAAGAAUACCAUAUUCAAUAUGAAUUAACUAAAGAAAGAGCUAUAGAGGCAAUUAAAAAAGCAAUUAGUAUUCAGCACCAAAAUUUGAAAGAAGAUCAUAUUAAUGUUUGGCAAAGUUAUUGGUAUACAGGUUUUAGAAUAAGUGACUCUAAAGCUGAUGGUGUAGUAAAUGGCCAUAAAAUAAAUUCUACUAUAUACUAUGUAUUAUCUCAAAUUUCAAAAGGUAUUCCAGAUAUAGAAAAAAAUAUAGCAAUGAAUGAAGGUUGUUAUCGUGGGCAUCAUACUUUGGAUGCUCCACGAUUAUGGAAAGAUACAUCCUCCAUUGAUGCUGUGAAUAAUGUUGUUGAAGCAUGGUUAAUAACAUUAGAAAAACAAGGAUGUCAUCAUUUAAUGAUUGGUGAUCCUGCAGCAGUACAACAAGCUAUUGUCCUAAGUCUUGGUAGUUUACGCUUCAGUAAUCAACAUCUUGAAUUUAAUAUUGAUCCACAAUAUCUUAAUCGAGAUUAUUUAUUUAGGAGAAUAAAUUAUGGUAAUGUAACGCAUUUAAAUAUAUCAGCAACAGUCGGAGAAGAUAAUCGCGCUGUUUUAAAAGUGGCUUUAGAUAAGAGUGAUAGUGUCUAUUUUGGAUGUGAUGCUGGAUGUUUAAAUCCACCUGUUUCCUUGAGUCAAUCAUAUGUAAGCAUUCCAGUAAAAUUAACAAAACCAUUAACGGCUAUAUUAUACAUAACAUCUGAUUAUCAACAUAUGCAAGAUUUACGAAAUGCUUUACAUGUACAUGCCAUAGAUGAUGCUCCAGCACAUGAUCAUCUUGUAAUGGCUUUACAUAAACAUGGACAUCAAUUAGGAGGUUUACCAACAUUUUUUUGGAUUAGUAUAUGCUUUCUUAUAAUUGUGUUUCAUUUGUUUCUUUGUAAACUUAUUAUCAAUGAAUAUCAUGGCCACCAAGAUAAACAAAAAGUGAGGUAUAGUAAGCUAUGAUGUAUGUAUAUCAUAGCUAUGAUAUACAUAUAUAUCGUACAUGUAUAUAUGUAUAUUGUUCAUAUGAAUACGUAC